UGGUUCCCCGCGUGUGUAGUGUGUUGUGGUGGAGCCAACAUGGCGGCUCCUCUGGAAGUGAUAGUGAGCAGCGACUCCGGGUCUCAGCUCUGGAACAGCACCGUGUUCGACCUGCACAGCGGCUCCAGCCUGCUGUCUUACCGGGGAGGGAACAGCGCGGCCCGGACACUGACCGUCCUCAGCGGGCAGUACCUGCUGUCCGCCCAGGUGGCCAAGAACUUCAUCAACGUGUGGGAAAUCCAGAGGAAGGAUCAGCUGCAGCAGAAGAUCGUGUGUCCAGGUGUGGUCACCUGUCUGACCGCCUCACCUAACGGGCUCUUCCUCACUGCCGCCAUCGCUGAGGCCAUUUACCUGUGGGAGGUGUCGACAGGUAAGCUGCUGUGUGUCCUCAGUCGUCAUUAUCAGGAUGUCACCUGUCUGAAGUUCACAGAUGACAGCAGCCAUUUUGUCUCUGGAGGAAAAGACAACAUGGCUCUGGUGUGGAGCCUGUCCAGAUCGUCGUCAGUGGUGCGCUAUCGGCGUGUUGCUCGCCAUCCUCUUCGUUGUCAUCCUCCUCUUCUUCAUCCUCUGAUUGAGGCCUCUUCCUGUCAGCACAGAACUCGUCUUAAUGCUGUGUCUACACGUCUACUGGACUCUACUGGACUCUACUGA